AUGAGUAAAUUAUAUGCUGAUAUAACUUAUCAGCAUUGUUAUGAACUAGACGAUUUCUUUUCCACUUUUUUUAAUACAGCUUCAACACAUAAUAAUACUACAACUCAAACAACAUAUAAUAAUGCUACUAUAAUACAAACACAUAAUAAGCAUUUAGAUAAAGAUAAAAAUAAGAGUAAUAAAGAAUGUGAUUUAUCUCAUAUUUCUGAAGCAGAAUUUGGUGAGUAUCUUCAAAA